AGCUGCUAUGCAAGUGUGCGUGACCUGUGGGCUGUCACUGUGCCGACUUACUAGGGACUAUUAGAUGGGUAACCGCCUGGUCUACCCCGAGGCGGAUCUGUCCGGCCGUGUGGCAGUGGUGACGGGAGGGAACAACGGGAUCGGCUACGAGACGGCCAAGGCCCUGGCGGCUAUGGGGGCCCACACGAUCAUAGCUUGUCGCUCCAGAGAGAGGCCGAAGAGGUAUAGCUAGCUAGCUGCAAUAGCUAGCUACAUUCUAUUACUACUGGUACCAUAAGUAUUUACUGGCCCUUAGAGAUCUCUAGUGCUAAAAUGCGAAUCUUACCACUGUUUGCAUAACAGAAGCUGUAUAGCUAGCUACAUAGAUCAGAGUAAGGAAGGGAAGGAGAGAGUGAGAAAAAGGGAGAAGGAAAAGGAGGGAGACUGAGAGGGAGGGAGGUAGGGAGUAGAAGUUAGCAACAUUACUUUAGAGGCUGUACUGUCCUGUCCAGGCCAUACAGCGUAUGAAGGGAGAGUUGUCAUCUGUGGGAGAAGGAGCGAGUGGGAAAGAUGUGAAGUUGGAGUUCAUGCCACUGGAUCUGGCCUCCCUCAGCUCAGUGAAACAAUUCACCGUGGCCUUUCUGGAGAGAAACCUGCCCCUUCACAUCCUCAUCAACAAUGCUGGAAUUGCGUGGCUGCCCCUGGAAAAGACGGAGGAUGGGUAUGAGCUCCAUAUGCAGGUGAACCACCUGAGCCACUUUCUGCUGACACUGGAGCUGCUCCCUGUGCUAGAGAGCACUGGCAGAGAGACUGGGGAUGUGAGAGUGGUGUUUGUGUCGUCAAGUACUCAUAGCUGGGCCAGCUGGGACCCAGACAGCCUCACUGGAGUCACCAACUACAGCAGGCUCAAGACCUACCCCAAGACCAAACUCUACAAUAUAAUGGCAGCUCAUGCCUUUCAGAGAAGAUUGCCAGACUCUGCAAUAACCUUCUCCUCACUACACCCUGGAAUGGUGAAUACCAGUAUAGUCCAAGGAUUCAGUGAUUUCAAGACCCUCAAAUAUCUUGCUGGAAGUUUUAUGUGGGGUCUCCUGGUGUUCAAUUUAGUGGCCCGUACUCCAAAGGAAGGAGCCGCCACUAGUAUCAACUGUGCCGUCAAUCCUCAGCUAAACUCCCGGCAAUGUCUCUACUACGACAGCUGCAGACCCACCAACUCCAGUGCUGACUCCAGGAAUGAGGGCUACCAAGAGGUGCUAUGGGAGAAGAGUAUUGAGAUGGUGAAACACUUCCUGUCCUCGGCCACCCUGGCCAAGUAUGGAGGUGCUGGCUCGCCUUCCUCAGCUCCACCUCAGACUGAACAGACUGAACCCAAGACUACACCUCUCCCAGCUGAAGACUCACAUUAACAACAAACAUUUAAUAAUAUGCCCGUUUUGUGUGUAUGCUAUUAGUUUGGAAUAGUAUAAACACAUCGAUAUUGAGCAUUAUGUGUCAUUGUAUAAUAAUCACUCCCUUUUUCUGAGAACUAUAAUAUAGAG